AUCAACUCAAAUUAUUGAUAAUGUCAAUUUAAAUUAUAAGUCGUAUGUUGCAUAAGUUUAGAGUGCCAAAAUAGGCAUAUUUUCUCGCAUUUCAUUUUCUUGAAACACUUUACGUUCACCUUUCACUUUCAGGUUACGUUUUAAGCCGCAUUUUAUUUUUUCCAUUCGGUACCAUCUUCUCGAUUAUCUAAUCGCUGAAUUCACCAUAAAGUACGAAUGCGAAUAAACACGAACGAUUAAAUAGAAACAUGUUGUGCAAAUAUCUAAUUAUAUCCAAUGUUUAUUUUCUCAAAAUUUAAUAAAGAUAAACAAUUACGAAACGAUUGCGGCAAUUUGUACAAAUUGUUUUUUAAUAUGGCGCAUGCAAAGUCAAUUAGGAAAAUCGGCAUGGCAUCAAAUUUCACGCACCAAAAACAGACGACCAAUUCCCCAACACACAAUACCAUUUUCUACGUGCUAAGCAAAACGGAAACGUGCCUCGGUCGCAACGCAAAACGAAAUGCCAUCGAGUUACGAACAUCGUCCACAGAUACACGCUGAUAAGAUUAGAUAGUGCCGUUUAAUCCGGCCACAGUUCGACGCCAAAAUGACGGAGGAAUGAGCUGACGAUGUUGAGGAGUGCCACAGCCGUCAACAUCUUGAAUUACGACAAUGCGGACGCGGAACGAACCAGAAGGACGCCAGUACUGCUUUUGGUCAGCGUCGCUAUCGUCGAGUUUUUGCUCUCCUCCAUUUUCUUCUGCUAUGCUGGUUCCUUUUUGGAGUUUUCAGUAACGAAAUUCUAUAACUAUCACAAAACACUUUGGGUCGUUGUUGUGUUCAUCGCAGCCCAAAACAUUUCAGAAACAAUCACAAAAUGUCUUUACGAGUACUACAUAAACGUCCCGUUCAACCGUCUGUAUUUAAUUCUGGCGGCACUUCUCCUGCAAGCUGCACUUUAUAUGUCCGCAACAACAAACAGUCUAAACAUUUAUAUACUCACCUAUGGACUUUUAGGAGGAACUUUAUCACAAUUUAUAACAAUUUACAUACAAGAAUUGUUAGAAGACGAAUACGAUAUUAAUAUUAAUGUUUAUCAGAGCAUUAUACAAAUUUCCAGGGCAAUAAGUAUGUUCACCAUGCCUGUUUUGGUUGUCUAUUUGGAUGAAAUUUACGGAACUAAAUACACACCACUAAUUUUUACCGCCAUAAUUGGCAACAUCAUACCUUUUUGCUUGUUCUUCAAGAGGAGUCAACAAUGGAUUAGCCAAAAACCUACGCAUUACAGUAACAUGACGAACAUGUCCGUCUCAAUGACCGAGUUAAGCGUUUUCCAUACCAACAACAACAACGCACAAUCAGAAUCAACAAAGAACACAUCCAGUUCAGCUUCAACAUCCGACGACGAAGACCCAGACGUAACGUGGCAGGAGGAGGAGUACGAAGAGACGAACCUCACCAACGACGAGUUGGACAAAAUAAAACAGGAAUACUACGCCAAACACUUCGGCGUCAACAUCUUACCCCGGAUCCGCGAAGAGAGCGAGUCCGAAGAGAUUAGCUCGAAACGACUGAGCCAGAUCACCGCCAAACUGGAGGAGAUCAACAAGAACGAUCCGAAAUUCGCGAACAGACAGUUCACCUCCGACGUUCUCCUGCCCGAAAUCAAAACGGGUCAGUCGCAUAACACCAUAGACAUCGACUUUCCGGACGGUCCGGUCUUCAGACGUGGACAGUGCGGCUGUUCGCCGUACAGGAAGUACCUGUGGAAGAGGCGGUGGAGGAACUUCACAAGGUUUUUGAUCUACAACUUCUUCGUGCCCUUCUACCGGACCGUUGUCAAUCCGAAAUUGUAUCCGGUGUUGGUGACGAAAUCGUCCACGUCUUUGAUCUUCGGGUGUUUCGUGAAUUUGAUACCGGUUAUUGCGUGUGAAAAGUUGCACACAUUUGAAAGGGUCGAGGCCGUGUUUUUACUUAGUUACAUGGCUUUUUCCUGGUGUUUUUUCCUUAUUUUCUUGCCAGUUGUCACCAAGUUGUCCAACGUAAAGAUUAGGGUGUUGUAUAUUACCGGAUCUUGUAUGUUAAGUUCUGUGAUGCUUUAUUUGUCCCAAAGAGAAAUAAACAACGAUGCCAUAACACUGGGCAGCCUCCUCUUCGGCUUUGGUUACGGAAUAACCUCCUACACUGAAACUAUAAUAUAUAGAGAGUUCUUUGGAAUGCGACACUGGCAAGAGUGUCGAGGAACUUUAAAUACACUUUCUGGCAUUUCAAUAGUGACUUGCUACUUCUUCAUCUACCACUAUAAAGUGGACUAUCAGGAUAUUAUCAACUAUUCCAGUUUUGUGUACCUUACCAAUAUAAUAAUUUGGGUUUUUUGUCCGAUUUUGAAGAGCUGCUUUAAAUUUAUCAAAAGGACUUUGUGGUAUAAAAAGCAAGAAGCUUUAUUCGUUACGAUUUGAAUAUUUUGGACCAAAAAGAUACUGCGAAUGUAUUACUUUAAUUAAUUUAUUAGUAUUACUAGUUAAUUUAAAUUAAAAGUUAUCUCAAAAAGUCUGAAAUAUUUAUAUAUGUACCAAAUAUUUUUAUGUAAUAAUUAUAAUAUUGUAGCAAAUCAAAUAUAUUUAUAUGAAAAAUAUU